GCAACGCCCCGCCUUGCAACUGGAAUCUGAAACUUAGAGAAAUGUUAAUUCUCUUUCAUUCCUGUCUGACCUAAGCAGACAUAAAGAAUUUCCUAUUAAAAGAAAUAUAUAUUUCUUUUUCAGAGAUACGAGCUUUACUUCACUGUUGUUUUCUUUUGCUUUCAGCAAUUCUUAAAGCUGCUGAAAAGCAUGACUUCCUGUUGUGUUGUUCCAAAACCUCCAGUGAGAAGGGUUGCUAUCUUUGGAGGAACUCAUGGCAAUGAGUUAUCAGGGAUAUUUUUGGUCAAGCACUGGCAAGAGAAUGGAGCUGAGAUUCAAAGAGCAGGAAUGGAAGUGAAACCAUUUCUCACCAACCCAAGAGCUGUGAAGAAGUGUACUAGAUACAUUGACUGUGAUCUGAACCGUGUUUUUGACCCUGAUAAUCUUGGACAGACAGUGGUGGAAGAUAUUCCAUAUGAAGUGAGAAGGGCUCAGGAAAUCAACCAUAUAUUUGGUCCAAAAGGUAGUGAUGAUGCCUAUGACCUUAUUUUUGACCUUCACAACACCACUGCUAACAUGGGUGGUACCCUUAUUCUUGAGAACUCCAGGGAUGACUUUACAAUUCAAAUGUGUCAUUAUAUCAAGAAUGCUUUGGCUCCAGAGCGCGUUCCUGUUCUGCUGAUUGAACAUCCCAACUUGAAAUAUGCAACAACCCGAUCUGUAGCAAAACAUCCUGUUGGUGUGGAGGUGGGGCCUCAGCCACAAGGUGUUGUUAGAGCUGAUAUUUUGGACAAAAUGAGGAAGAUUGUCAAACACGGCCUUGAUUUUGUUCACCUUUUUAACGAAGGAAAAGAAUUUCCACCAUGUACAAUCGAGGUUUAUAAAAUAAUGGAGAAAGUAGAUUAUCCCAGGAAUAAAAAUGAUGAAAUUAUUGCUAUUAUUCACCCUAAGCUGCAGGAUCAAGAUUGGCAGCCACUGAACAAUGGUGAUCCUCUAUUUUUGACUCUCGAUGGAGAAGUAAUUGCAUAUAAAGGGGACUGCACAGUCUAUCCAACAUUUAUUAAUGAAGCUGCGUAUUAUGAAAAGAAGCAAGCCUUUGUAAACACAGUUACCGUGGAGCUCACUGCAGAACUCAUCAGAUCUCAGCUGUAGAUCAGAACGCCUCGAAAAGCUCGCGACAGAUUUUCCGUACAGGAAGUGAUUUCUGUCUGUGAAAUCCAGUAUCAUCCAGCAGUGGUUCGCAGGCUUAAUAAAUUCAGAAUCUAAUUUAAAAAUGUAAUUUAAUUAACAUUUUGAGAACUUGUAAUGUGAAAUAUAUUGUAAUAAGACAGCAUCAUAAUGCUAAUUAUGGCUUCUGUUUACUUGUUUUAAUAGAUCACUAUAGAUACAAAGAUUAUUUUUAUGAAGUUUGAUAGUUCGUGCUGUAUAAAAGGAUUAAACAACGUACCACAUAUGCUGAUGAGUAGCAAUAAAGCAUCUAUCCAGAAUUACA